GCCUCGUCAAAUGUUUUGUUUGCACGCCAUAUUUGUUAGCCGGCUAUCGCUCGCUCGGGACUCAAUCCGACAUCAUCGGCGCUUUCCUGAGGAGAACAGACUCCACAGCUGCGUUUCUCAUCGCUUAUACGCGUUUAUGUUUUCCUAGCCAGGGUUUUGGCCGCGAGCGCAACGUAGAAUUUAAAUAAAAACGAAGCGACCGAGCCGCGUUCCCUUGAGAUCGAAGCAGAGCUGUGACUAGCAGGGCUCUGUCGCUGCUCCUUUCAUCAAACACAAGCUUCAGCAUCAUGGCCUGCGGAGCCACUCUGAAAAGGACUCUGGACUUCGAUCCUCUGAUGAACCCGGCGUCUCCGAAGAGAAGGAGGUGCGCGCCCCUGACUCCGUCCAGCUCCAGCGCCUCCCCGCAGAAAUACCUGCGCAUGGAGCCCUCGCCCUUCGGCAGAGUGACCUCAGCCCUCACCACAGAGCAAAUCCUGAGCAACAUCAAGCAGGAGUACAAGCGCAUGCAGAAGAGGAGACACCUGGAGAGCAGCUUCCAGCAGAGCGAGUCCUGCUGCCCCCUGGAGCCUCAGCCCCACGCCUGCACCAGCGGUGCGUCCUCCCCCUCCAGACGGGAGCAGCCGCUCUUCACGCUGAAGCAGGUGGGCAUGAUCUGCGAGCGGCUGCUGAAGGAGCGCGAGGAGAAGGUGCGCGAAGAGUACGACGAGAUCCUCACCACCAAACUCGCAGAGCAGUACGAUGCGUUCGUGAAGUUCACCCACGACCAGCUGAUGAGGCGGUUCGGGGAGCAGCCGGCCAGCUAUGUGUCCUGAGCGGCUGUCACACGUCGUCCUGUCCUGUGGUUGGUGCCGUGUUCUCGUGGAUCUCUGAGCUCCUGAGGCUCGGGAUAGGUCCGGCUGGGUCUCCAGCAGUGCCAAUCGCAUCUUUCCCCCCCGCUGGGCUCGGAGCACGUGGGCUUCUGUCUCUCUCCGCAGCGGCUCAGUGCCCAUAUACACCUCUGCAACUAUUACUCCAAUCAGUGGCUCUUGUGUCUCUUACUGAACCCUGGAUAUUUAUUAGGCUUUGACGAUGCCUUUUAUACAGUCACCCGUCAGUACAUCCCUGUUUUUUAUGUUUGAUUUUGUAAAAUGCCUUUUAUUCGCUGCAGAUGACGUGGAUUGUCAUGAUAAACGUGUGAGGGAGACUGCUGUUCAUAGCUUCGUGUAAAUACCUCCUGGCUUUCAUCUGGAGUUUUCUUGUACAAAUCAAAUACAGCAUUUAUUUUGAUUGGAGUCUGUUUUCAUGCUUUGUAUUUAUUUUUGUUGACUUCAUGUUUUUUUUUUUCCCCUUUCCUCUGCAUUAUGGUUUUACUGCUCCUGUAGUUUAAAUGACUUAUGUUGGGAAAGUAUACAAAUAAAACGUUUACAUAA